AUGUCGCAGCUACCACCACCGCCGCCGCCUGGCUGGGGCCCUCCUCCGCCGCCGCCUCCCCCAUCAUCAUCUUUCCCGCCUCCUCCGUCGACUCCUGCUCCUCCAGCCCCGCCGCCGCCCGGCUAUCGACCUCCCGCCGACGCUCACAUCGCAAAGUUUGCUCAAAAGAAGAAGGAAUGGCUUCGGAACCAGCGAAAUCGAUUCGGCGAGAAGCGCAAGGCUGGCUUUGUCCAGACCCAAAAGGCUGACAUGCCCCCCGAGCAUCUGCGGAAAAUCGUAAAGGAUAUCGGCGAUGUCUCGCAGAAAAAGUACACAAACGACAAGCGAAGCUAUCUCGGUGCAUUGAAGUUCAUGCCUCAUGCGGUCUUGAAGCUUUUAGAGAACAUGCCGAUGCCCUGGGAGUCUGCACGAGAAGUCAAGGUUUUAUACCAUGUCAACGGUUGCCUUACCCUUGUCAACGAGAUUCCUAGAGUUAUCGAACCUGUCUACUUUGCGCAGUGGGCCAUGAUGUGGACUUUCAUGCGAAAAGAAAAGGCAGACCGAAGACUGUUUAAGCGUAUGCGAUUCCCGCCGUUCGAUGACGAGGAGCCGCCGCUGUCAUGGUCAGAAAACAUCGAGGACGUUGAGCCUCUCGAGCCUAUUCAGAUGGAGCUGAACGAGGACGAGGAUGAUGCAGUCUAUGAAUGGUUUUACGACCACCGACCGCUGCUUGACACACCCCAUGUUAAUGGUCCAAGCUACAAGAGGUGGAAUCUCACAUUACCCCAGAUGGCCGCCUUGUUCCGUCUUAGUCGACCGUUGAUUUCCGAUGUUGUGGAUAAGAACUACUUCUAUCUCUUCGAUCUAAAGAGUCUGCUCACUGCCAAGGCGCUCAACGUUGCUUUGCCAGGAGGACCACGAUUUGAGCCGUUAUACAAGGACAUCAACCCCAAUGACGAGGAUUUUGGCGAGUUCAACGCCAUCGACCGCAUCAUUUUUAGGAACCCCAUUCGCACUGAAUUCCGGGUUGCUUUCCCAUACCUAUACAAUUCUUUACCACGAAGCGUACACUUAGCAUGGCACUCCCACCCCCAGAUUGUGUAUAAUCGCAUCGACGAUCCGGAUUUGCCUACAUUCCAUUUUGACCGUCGAAUCAAUCCCAUCUCAUCACGCAAUGUGGCUCCAAAGAACGUCGAAGUUUCUCUCGAAGAUGAGCUGUUUGGUCCUGGAAGCAACGAGGAGCCCGAAGAAGAUGCUUUCGAGCUUCCUGCUGGAACGGAACCAUUCCUUGCCGAUGAGGAAAUAGACAACGAGGACACUUCUGCGGCCAUUGAGCUUUGGUGGGCGCCGUAUCCAUUCAACCGACGAUCCGGUAAGAUGGUUCGCGCCCAGGAUGUGCCUUUAAUUAAGCAGUGGUAUUUGGAACACCCUCCCUCAGACCGGCCGCCCGUCAAGGUCCGUGUUUCUUACCAGAAGCUGCUCAAGAACUUUGUCCUCAACAACCUGCACAAGAAGAAGCCCAAGGCUCAGAACAACCAGAACUUGCUUAGGUCUUUGAAGCAGACCAAAUUCUUCCAACAGACUACCAUCGAUUGGGUUGAGGCUGGUCUUCAAGUUUGUCGCCAAGGUUUCAACAUGCUCAAUCUGUUGAUUCACCGAAAGAACCUGACCUAUCUCCAUCUUGAUUACAACUUCAACUUGAAGCCCGUCAAGACCCUUACCACAAAGGAGCGAAAGAAGUCCCGCUUCGGAAACGCUUUCCACUUGAUGCGUGAAAUCUUGCGACUGACCAAGCUGAUUGUGGAUGCUCAAGUUCAAUACCGACUCGGCAACAUCGACGCUUUCCAAUUGGCUGAUGGUAUCCUCUACGCCUUUAACCACGUCGGACAGCUUACGGGUAUGUACCGUUACAAGUACAAGCUCAUGCACCAAAUUCGAACCUGCAAGGAUUUGAAGCAUCUCAUCUACUAUAGGUUCAAUUCUGGUCCUGUCGGCAAGGGUCCUGGCUGUGGUUUCUGGGCUCCUGCAUGGAGAGUGUGGCUGUUCUUCAUGCGUGGUAUUAUCCCUCUCCUUGAGAGAUGGCUUGGAAACUUGCUUUCUCGUCAGUUCGAAGGACGACACAGCAAGGGUGUCGCAAAGACGGUCACCAAGCAGCGUGUCGAGUCUCACUUCGAUCUUGAGCUCCGUGCUUCCGUCAUGGCUGACCUUCUGGACAUGAUGCCCGAGGGCAUCAAGCAGAACAAGGUCAAUACCGUGCUUCAGCACCUUUCUGAGGCCUGGCGCUGCUGGAAGAGUAAUAUCCCAUGGAAGGUGCCUGGUUUGCCCGCUCCUAUCGAGAAUAUCAUUUUGCGAUAUGUGAAAUCCAAGGCCGACUGGUGGGUUUCUGUUGCUCAUUACAACCGUGAACGUAUUCGCCGCGGUGCCACCGUCGAUAAGACUGUUGCCAAGAAGAACGUUGGUCGUCUGACUCGACUCUGGCUCAAAGCAGAGCAAGAGCGACAACAUAACCACAUGAAGGACGGUCCGUACGUCUCGUCAGAAGAGGCCGUCGCCAUCUACACCACGACUGUCCACUGGCUGGAGUCGCGCAAGUUCUCGCCCAUUCCGUUCCCCAGUGUAUCUUACAAACACGACACCAAGAUUCUGAUCUUGGCGCUGGAGCGACUGAGAGAAGCUUAUUCGGUCAAGGGUCGUCUCAACCAGAGUCAGCGUGAAGAGCUUGCCCUCAUUGAGCAAGCAUAUGAUAGUCCUGGCACAACUCUAGAGCGCAUCAAGCGAUUCUUGCUAACGCAGCGAGCGUUUAAGGAGGUCAACAUCGACAUGAACGAUAAUUACAGCACGAUCAAUCCUGUAUACGAUAUUGAGCCCAUUGAAAAGAUUAGCGAUGCCUAUCUCGACCAGUAUCUGUGGUACCAGGCUGAUCAGAGACACCUUUUCCCUGCCUGGAUCAAGCCUUCUGACUCUGAAGUGCCUCCAUUGUUGGUCUACAAGUGGGCUCAAGGCAUCAACAACCUGGGUCAAGUUUGGGAGACUGAAAAUGGCGAAUGCAACGUCAUGAUUGAGACCGAGCUUUCCAAGGUCUAUGAGAAGAUGGAAUUGACACUGCUCAACUCCCUUCUCAGACUGAUUAUGGACCACAAUCUUGCCGACUACAUUACGGCAAAGAACAACGUUCAGCUCACCUACAAGGACAUGAACCACGUCAACAGCUACGGUAUGAUCCGUGGUCUCCAGUUUUCCGCCUUUGUCUUCCAAUACUAUGGUCUUGUUCUUGAUUUGCUUCUGCUUGGCCCUCAGCGAGCCAGUGAAAUCGCUGGACCGCCACAAAGCCCCAACGAUUUCCUGCAGUUCCGCGAUCGAGAAACGGAGAGCAGACAUCCAAUCCGACUGUACAGCCGAUAUAUCGACAAGAUUUGGAUCUUCCUUCGAUUUACAGCUGAAGAAUCACGAGAUCUUAUCCAGCGAUUCCUUACUGAGCAGCCGGAUCCCAACUUUGAGAAUGUUAUCGGGUAUAAGAGCAAGAAGUGUUGGCCCCGUGAUUCUCGUAUGCGCUUGAUGCGACAUGACGUUAACCUUGGACGAGCUGUGUUCUGGGACUUCAAGAACCGACUGCCACGAUCCGUCACCACGAUUGACUGGGAUGACAGCUUUGUCAGUGUAUACAGCCGUGAUAACCCCAACUUGCUCUUCUCAAUGUGCGGAUUUGAAGUCCGGAUUCUGCCUAAGAUCAGAAACCAGAAUGAAGAAUUCCCCGUCAAAGACAGCGUUUGGUCUCUCGUUGAUAACACGACAAAGGAGAGAACGGCACACGCGUUCUUGCAAGUCACCGAGGAAGACAUUCAAAAGUUCAACAACCGUAUCCGACAAAUCCUCAUGUCAUCUGGUUCGACAACCUUUACCAAGAUUGCCAACAAGUGGAACACUGCUCUGAUUGCGCUGUUUACGUAUUACCGUGAAGCUGCGGUCUCUACCAUCGAGCUCCUGGAUACAAUCGUCAAAUGCGAAACCAAGAUCCAGACGCGAGUCAAGAUUGGGCUGAACUCGAAGAUGCCUUCGCGUUUCCCUCCUGCUGUUUUCUACACCCCCAAGGAGCUUGGUGGAUUGGGAAUGAUUUCUGGCUCUCACAUCCUUAUCCCAGCCAGUGACAAGCGUUGGUCAAAGCAGACCGACACGGGAGUCACCCACUACAGAGCUGGUAUGACGCAUGACGAAGAGACAUUAAUCCCCAACAUUUUCCGAUACAUCAUCCCAUGGGAGGCAGAGUUUAUUGAUUCUCAGCGUGUCUGGACUGAAUACUCCCAGAAGCGUCUGGAAGCCAACCAGCAGAACCGACGUCUUACUCUGGAAGACUUGGAGGAUAGCUGGGACCGUGGUUUACCAAGAAUCAACACUCUGUUCCAAAAGGAUCGAAGCACGCUUAGCUUCGACAAGGGUUUCCGCGCUCGCUCCGAAUUCAAGAUUUAUCAACUCAUGAAGAGCAAUCCGUUCUGGUGGACGAGCCAGCGACACGACGGCAAGCUGUGGAACCUGAAUGCUUACCGAACUGAUGUCAUCCAAGCACUGGGUGGUGUUGAGACCAUCCUUGAGCACACGCUAUUCAAGGCUACCGGUUUCCCAUCUUGGGAAGGUCUCUUCUGGGAAAAGGCUUCUGGUUUCGAAGAAUCCAUGAAGUUCAAGAAGCUCACCAACGCCCAGCGAUCCGGUCUGAACCAGAUUCCCAACCGUCGUUUCACCCUCUGGUGGUCCCCGACCAUCAACAGAGCCAACGUCUACGUCGGUUUCCAGGUCCAACUUGAUCUCACUGGUAUCUUCUUGCACGGAAAGAUUCCUACCUUGAAGAUCUCCCUCAUCCAGAUCUUCCGUGCCCACUUGUGGCAGAAGAUUCACGAAUCAGUGGUUAUGGAUCUUUGUCAAGUAUUUGACCAAGAACUGGAAUCUCUCGGCAUUGAGACUGUGCAAAAGGAGACUAUUCACCCCCGAAAAUCUUACAAGAUGAACAGCUCUUGUGCCGAUAUUCUCCUCUUUGCCAGCCACAAAUGGAAUGUUACUCGUCCCUCGCUGCUGUAUGAUACCAAGGACGUCAUUGAGCCUACAACGACCAACAAGUUCUGGGUUGAUGUGCAGCUACGAUAUGGUGACUACGACUCUCACGACAUUGAGCGAUACACUCGUGCCAAGUAUCUCGACUACACGACCGACAGCUCUAGCAUUUACCCCUCCGCUACAGGUAUCAUGAUUGGUAUUGAUUUGGCAUACAACUUGUACUCGGCCUACGGAAUGUAUUUCCCUGGUCUAAAGGUACUCAUUCAGCAAGCCAUGGCCAAGAUCAUGAAGGCCAACCCUGCCUUGUAUGUCCUUCGGGAGCGUAUUCGCAAGGGUCUGCAGCUGUACGCCUCUGAAAGCAACCAAGAGUUCUUGAACUCGCAGAAUUACUCAGAGCUCUUUAGCAACCAGACUCAGCUCUUCAUCGACGAUACCAACGUGUACCGUGUCACUAUCCACAAGACAUUUGAAGGAAACUUGACCACCAAGCCUAUCAACGGAGCCAUCUUCAUCUUCAACCCGCGAACUGGCCAAUUGUUCCUGAAGAUCAUCCACACCAGUGUUUGGGCAGGUCAGAAACGUCUUGGACAGCUUGCCAAAUGGAAGACGGCAGAAGAAGUGGCAGCGUUGAUUCGUUCGCUCCCCGUUGAAGAACAACCCAAGCAGCUGAUUGUCACUCGAAAGGGUCUGUUGGAUCCUCUGGAAGUCCAAUUGGUUGACUUCCCCAACAUCUCUAUCCGUGCCUCCGAGCUGCAGCUUCCUUUCCAGGCGGCCAUGAAGGUUGAGAAAUUGGGAGAUAUGAUUCUGCGAGCAACAGAGCCUCAGAUGGUACUGUUCAACCUGUACGAUGAGUGGUUGAAGAGUAUUUCCUCGUACACAGCAUUCUCUCGUCUUAUUCUUAUUCUCCGUGCUCUUCACGUCAACCCCGACAAGACGAAGCUCAUCCUUCGACCCGACAAGACUGUCAUCACAUUGGAUCAUCACAUCUGGCCUUCACUGAACGAUGAAGACUGGAUCAAGGUUGAAACUCAACUGCGAGAUCUCAUUUUGAACGAUUAUGGCAAGAAGAACAACGUCAAUGUGUCCAGUUUGACAAGUACCGAAGUCCGUGAUAUCAUUCUUGGUAUGGAGAUUUCUGCACCAUCGAUGCAGAGACAGCAGGCUGCCGAGAUUGAGAAGCAGCAAGAAGAGCAGAAGCAGCUGACGGCCGUCACGACCAAAACGCAAAAUGUCCACGGCGAAGAGAUCAUUGUCACCACCACCUCUCAGUUUGAACAGCAAACAUUUGCUUCCAAGACUGAAUGGCGCACCAGAGCUAUUGCGACGUCGAACUUGCGGACAAGAGCCAAGAACAUCUACGUGUCUUCAGCGGAUACUGAUCUGGAUGAUGUCACUUAUGUAAUGCCCAAUAACAUCUUGAAGAAGUUCAUUACGAUUGCGGAUCUGCGAGUCCAGGUGGCUGGUUACCUUUACGGUGCCCCGGCCCCUGAUAAUGACCAAGUCAAGGAGAUUAAAUGUAUCGUUAUGAUCCCGCAAAUUGGCGGUCUUCGUAGCGUGCAGCUUCCGCAGAAGCUACCCCAGAGUGAGUUCUUGGACGGUAUGGAGCCACUUGGUGUCAUCCACACGCUAUCAGGCAGCGAACUUCCAUACAUGUCUGCGGCAGAUGUGACUGAGCACGCCAAAUUGCUGGAUACACACGAGGAAUGGGACAAGACGAACACGGUCACGGUGUCUGUUUCGUUUACUCCUGGCAGCGUUUCCUUGUCUGCUUGGGGAUUGACACCUCAAGGUUACAAAUGGGGAGCCGAAAAUAAGGACACGCAGAGCGACCAACCUCAGGGCUUCACCACAACCAUGGGGGAGAAGCGAAAGCUUCUGCUGAGUCCCAGGUUCAGAGGCUUCUUCCUUGUUCCGGAUGAUGGCAAAUGGAAUUACAGCUUCAUGGGCAGUGCUUUUGCAGGAAUGGAAAAGAAGUCGGUUCACGUCAAACUGGACACGCCGCUGCCCUUCUAUAGCGACCACCACCGACCUGUGCACUUCCACAGCUUUGCAGAGUUGGAAGAUAUCUGGGUCGACCGAUCGGACAACUUUGCCUAA